AUGAGCAUUAGCUGUUAUUUGAAGCAGAAAAUUUUACGCAAAGUUUCCAAUUUUAGUAUCGGAGAAAUCAUAAAUAAUGAUUCAUUUUUGCAAUCCGUCGAAGGUCAACUGCAAUUUGAUUUGGCGACGAAGCUUAAAUCUGUACGACGUAUUAAUGGUAUUGAUUAUCAGUGGCCUAAAUUCAAGAAUAUUGUAACAAUUACGGGUUUUCACUCAGACGAAUGGAGUGCAGGACAAUUCAAUAGCAAUUUGGAAACUGAAAAAUUGGCUUUGAUAUGUUCCUACCAACAAUGUCAACCAAUAGCACAGAAAUGCAGUCGAGUAUUUCGACCAAUUGGUCACUGUUGCGAAAUAUGCGGUUCUAUGCUUCGUUUUCGCGCAACAAGCUUCAAUUUUAAUAAAUUCCGAAAACAAAUCGAAAAUUAUGAACAAAGAAAUCGUAUCAUCAUGGAAUACGAUUUAGAUAUUUCGAGUUUACGCAUCGAUCAUAAUGAAUCUUUGCCACAAUAUCAGCAAUUUACUAUUGAGAUUGUUGUUCUUGCACGAGAGGGUGCAAAACGUCCAUUCGAUCAGCAAAUCUACUAUGCAGUGCUGAAAGAUUUAGCCGAAUUUGUGCAAAAUAAUUUCGGAAUUUUACAUUCAAUGACAAUGACUGAAAUUGAAGAGAUUAUUUCGGUGGAUUUUUAUAGCUUUAUUAAAGACGAUCUUCUACUAACUCUCAUUUUAUUAUUUACCAUCGGCGCAUUCAGUUUUGGAGUUAUCUUGACAGUUAGACGAAAAUUUAACUUUGCCAAUUUGCGAAGAGCAGCGAAUCAGAAUUCGGUCUAUGAAGCAGUUCAUUGGAGAGUUUCAAAAACUGGAGAUGAGCUUGAGUUGCUACGUAAUGAUGAGCCAACCUUAAAUACCGUUACAAACGAUAUUCAGAAUCAUUCGAUGAAGUCUACAUUGGAGUGUAGUUCCACAUUUGAAAAUAUUGCAUUUGAUGAAGAAAUUGCAGAUGAUAUUAAUGAAAAAUAG